AUGGGGACGCGGCGCCUGAGACCUGACGUUGCCCUGGCCUCUGCCGCAGGCGCUGUCCUGACGUUCCUGGACUCGCACGUGGAGUGCAAUGUGGGGUGGCUGGAGCCGCUGCUGGAGAGGGUCCGCCUGAGCCGGGCCAAGGUCGCCUGCCCCGUCAUCGAGGUCAUCAGCGACAAGGACAUGAGUUACAUGACCGUGGACAACUUUCAGCGUGGGAUUUUUACGUGGCCAAUGAAUUUUGGAUGGAGGCAGAUUCCACAAGAGGUCAUCGAGAAAAAUAAUAUCAAGGAAACUGACAUAAUAAGGUGCCCGGUCAUGGCGGGUGGCCUGUUUUCCAUCGAUAAGAAGUAUUUUUUUGAGCUGGGAACAUAUGACCCAGGACUGGAUGUUUGGGGAGGUGAAAAUAUGGAGAUUUCAUUCAAGGUCUGGAUGUGCGGGGGAGAGAUUGAGAUUGUUCCGUGCUCCAGAGUUGGGCACAUUUUCAGGAACGACAAUCCUUACUCCUUCCCGAAAGAUCGGGUGAGAACGGUGGAGAGGAACUUGGCCCGCGUUGCGGAGGUCUGGCUGGACGAGUACAAGGAGUUAUUCUAUGGCCACGCUUACCACUUAGUCUUGAAAAACCUGGAUGUGGGCAACCUGACUCAACAAAUCCAACUGCGAAAGAAGCUUCAGUGCAAAAGCUUCAGGUGGUACCUGGAGAACGUCUACCCGGACCUGGAAGCUCCUCUGGUUAAAGCCAGCGGGCUGCUUGUUAACGUAGCCAUGGCAAGAUGCAUCACUGUGGAAAACGCUACUCUGGCUUUUGAGGCGUGCGAUGUUAACAACAAGGCAGUGUUUCUUAGGGAGUUCUCCGCUAAUUGCUCACCACUGGCACAGGCCAGCGUGCGCAUCGGGGCCCUGCCGC